GGCAGGGAGGCGGCACUGCCCGCGGCCACGGAGGCGGCGGCCCACGCGCUGUUGGACAUCGCCAAGGGCGACCAGUGGGACGACCUCUUCCGACGGCUCGACGCUCGGCCAGAGCUCGUGAACAUCCGCCCCGAGGUGCGGCAGUUCUCCCUGCUGCACCAGGCUGUCUACAUGGGGCGCGCCUGGGCGGUGGCCAGGCUCCUGGACGAGUACGGCGCUGACCCAGCCCAGCGCACCAAGGCGGGCGAGCCGUGCUCCUCGAUCGCGGAGGCGCGAGCCAGCCCGGAGAUCGCCGCGCUGAUCGCGGCGCACACGGGCACCGCCGCGGCGGCCGCAUCCGCCGAGGCGCCUGCAGACCUCACGCCAGAGAAGGUGUGCAAGAAGGCGGCCGAAGCAGCCGCCAGCGUGGGCGAAGAGGGUGCUCUGGAGGCUGCGCACGCCCUCAUCGACCUGGCAAGGGACGCGAGCUGGAGCGAGCUCUUCGCCGCUCUGGACAAGCGGAGGGAGCUCGUUGACGUCCGCCCCUCGGUGCGCGAGUACAACGUCCUGCACCAGGCGGCAUACCACGGCGACGUGGACGCGCUGUGCGCCCUGAUCGACAGGUACGGCGCCGACCCCGCCGCGCGCACGAAGUCGGGCCUCUCGGCGGAGGAGGUCGCCAGGGCGCAGGGGCACGCGCGCGCUGCCGACGACCUGCGGCGCCGUGCCCAGGGCUCCUCGGGCACCGGAGCAGCGGGGGACGCCCACGCGGGGCUCGCGGACUUGGCGAAGGAUUCGAGGUGGCCAGAGCUCUUCCGAGCGCUUGAUGCAUCUGGGGACCUCGUGAACGUGCGCCCCGACGUCCGGGAGUUCUCGGUCUUGCACCAGGCGGCGUAUCACGGCGAGCGCGAGGUAGUGGCCGCUCUGCUGGACAGGUAUGGUGCAGAUCCAGCGGCCCGCUCGCGGUCGGGCAGGUCGGCGGCCGACGUGGCAGAGGAGCGGGGCCACGAGGAGCUGGCGCGGGAGCUCCGGGCCAAGCUGCAGGACCCCGACGAGGAUUGCGACCUGGUGCAGAAUGCUGACGGCAGCUGGACGGUGGUGCAGAGGGCGGCGGCGAGCGAGGGGGGGAAAGGAGGAGGGCCUUCUCAGAGGGCGGCGGCGCCGAGAUUGCCGCCGGCGGCUGCACUGUGGCCCAGAGGGGGUCCGCUGCUGGGCCCUGCGCACGCUGAGCCGACUGGGCGCGAAUUACGGGGGGGAGGGGGGCGGAAGGCGGGCGAGAGCUCGUUGCGGCAGUGGGGGCCUCGGGGGCUCGCCCCCGCAGUUCGUCUGAUCCGGGCGCAUCCUCGAUGGGGGCAUCGGAUGCAUGGCGGCGGAUGA